AUGGCACCAUUCAAAAUCGCCGUGGAAGGUUGUUGUCACGGCUCGCUGGAUUAUAUCUACACAGCAUUGGAGUCCAAGUGCCAAUCGCGAGGAUGGACAAUCAAAGACAUCGACUUCUUGAUCAUCUGUGGAGACUUCCAGGCAGUCCGUAACGAACGAGACCUGAACUGCAUGUCUGUGCCACGCAAAUAUCGCCAGCUGGGAGACUUUCAUCUCUAUUACAGCGGCAAGAAGCAGGCGCCAGUGCUGACGCUCGUCAUCGGGGGCAACCAUGAGGCCUCGAACUACUUUUCCGAGCUGCACUAUGGCGGUUGGCUGGCGCCAAAUAUCUACUAUCUGGGGGCUGCUAAUGUGCUCCGCUACGGCCCCCUACGCAUCGCCGGGCUCUCAGGGAUCUUCCACCGUGGGGACUACAACAAACCACACCACGAAUGCCUCCCAUAUGACAGGGACGAAGUUCGCUCUGUUUAUCAUGUCCGGCAUUGCGACAUCUCCAAGCUGCUGAAUGUGCGCUCGGCCGUCGACAUUGGCCUCAGCCAUGACUGGCCCCGGAGAGUCGAGUUUCACGGUGACUGCGAGAGGCUCUUUGCCGAGCGGCCCCAUUUCCUGAAAAGCGCCAAGACCGAUAAUCUUGGGAGUGAGCCUGCUGAGCAAGUCCUAAAUCAUCUACGGCCUCGGUUCUGGUUCUCUGGCCAUAUGCACGUCAAUUUUCGUGCUACAGUAGAGCACAGCGACGAGGCGAAGGUUGACUUCUUCCAGAACUUGACCGUACCCAGAGAACUGCAGAAACAGCUACCAAGGCCUGUUAGGGCUUGGAAGAAACCUCGCAAUCGACCACCCGGUAUCACGAACACGACCACCCACUUCCUUGCGCUCGACAAGCCAAGUCCUGACGGCGAGUUUCUCGAACUGCUCGAGAUCGAUUCUUGUUGGGACGUGAACGACCCUUCGGUCGCGCCAUACCUGCCGAAGACACCGGGCACCAAAUUCUCCCUGCAUUACGACGAGGAAUGGCUAUCGAUCCUGCGUGCAACAGACGGAGCCGCAGAGACGAGCACGACGUCCCUUGGUGGGCAAAUGGGCCCGACGGACGCCACGCUACAAGACACAGCAGAUGAAGCCCAAGUCUAUGUCCAUGCCAACGUCACUGCAAAGGGUCUUCUAAGAAUUCCAGACAAUUUCCAGGCGCACGCUCCUGCAUACGAGGGGCCAGACACAGUCCACGGUGAAGAGCAGCCUUGCGAGUAUCCAAGCCCUCAGGCUGAGGCUCUGUGUGAGCUACUUGGAAUUGCCACAAGCAGAGCGGACGAGCCGGCCUCUAGUGACGAAUUCGUGGUCUUUGAAGCAUAG